UAUCCACAGAUCAUGAAAGAUAUUGUUGGACACAGAUUGCCCCAGUUUACUACUGCGCAGAAAGCAAAACUGAAAAACUCUGCCCAUUUCGUUGGCCUCAACUACUACACGUCCACAUUUGCAAACCAUGUCGAGAAUCCAGAUCAUUCUAAGCCAAGAUGGAAGCAAGAUUCUCUUAUUUCCUGGGAACCCAAGAAUUCAGACAAAUUCACCAUUGGUAGCACGCCUUCCACCGGUAAGCUACCAGUUUAUGCGAGAGGCUUUAGAAGUCUUUUGAAGUACAUCAAGGAUAAAUAUGCAAACCCUGAAAUUAUGAUCAUGGAAAAU